GGAAGACGUGCUGAAGUGAGGUGGGGAUGAGAAAUCAUCAUUUAGUUAGCAUCCUGCUAGCUGCCUGUAGCCGACUGUUGAAGUGUAAUGAGCUUAGUAGCCAAAAUUAGUGUAUUAAUUUGCUUUUUCUAGGAGAAACGACAAGCCCUUGACAACAAGAAUGGACAUAAGUUAACGAUGACGGGAGAGAAAAAGAAGAAGAAGCGGCUCAACCGCAGCAUUCUUCUUGCAAAGAAAAUUAUAAUAAAAGAUGGAGGAAGUCCUCAGGGAAUCGGUGAGCCCAGUGUUUACCAUGCCGUGGUGGUCAUUUUCUUGGAGUUUUUUGCAUGGGGUCUCCUCACCACCCCGAUGCUCACGGUAUUACAUCAGACAUUCCCCCAACACACAUUCCUGAUGAAUGGACUUAUUCAUGGUGUGAAGGGUCUUUUGUCAUUUCUGAGUGCUCCUCUGAUUGGAGCGUUGUCGGACGUAUGGGGACGCAAGUCCUUUUUGCUGCUAACAGUCUUCUUCACAUGUGCACCAAUUCCUCUGUUGAAGAUCAGUCCAUGGUGGUACUUUGCAGUCAUCUCCAUGUCUGGCGUUUUUGCCGUCACCUUCUCUGUGAUCUUUGCGUACGUGGCAGACAUCACACAGGAGCAUGAAAGGAGCACAGCAUAUGGUUUGGUGUCAGCCACCUUCGCUGCCAGCCUUGUCACCAGUCCGGCCAUUGGGGCCUAUCUGUCUGAGGCGUAUGGCGACACGCUGGUGGUGAUUUUAGCCACAGCCAUCGCUCUCCUGGACAUCUGCUUCAUCCUGGUGGCAGUACCGGAGUCGCUGCCUGAGAAAAUGAGGCCAGCAUCGUGGGGAGCCCCCAUCUCCUGGGAGCAGGCAGACCCCUUUGCUUCUCUGCGUAAAGUGGGCCAAGACUCCACGGUGCUCCUCAUCUGUAUCACAGUGUUUCUCUCCUACCUCCCUGAAGCCGGACAGUACUCCAGCUUCUUCCUCUAUCUCAAACAGGUCAUACGUUUCUCCUCAGAGACCGUGGCUGCCUUCAUAGCAGUGGUAGGAAUCCUCUCAAUAUUAGCACAGACGGUUGUGUUGGGUAUCCUGAUGCGUUCCAUAGGGAAUAAAAACACAAUCCUGCUCGGCCUCGGCUUCCAGAUCCUCCAACUAGCUUGGUACGGCUUUGGCUCUCAACCCUGGAUGAUGUGGGCAGCCGGAGCCGUUGCAGCCAUGUCCAGCAUCACUUUCCCUGCCAUCAGCGCCAUUGUGUCUCGUAACGCAGACCCUGACCAGCAAGGUGUCGUCCAGGGAAUGAUUACUGGAAUUCGGGGGCUCUGUAACGGUUUGGGUCCUGCCCUAUAUGGCUUCGUCUUCUAUUUGUUCCACGUGGAGCUUUCCGACACGGACGGCUCUGACAAAGGUGCCAAACCCAAUAUGGCCAACCCCACUGAUGAGAGUGCCAUCAUCCCAGGACCUCCUUUUCUUUUCGGUGCAUGCUCAGUGCUGCUGUCUCUGCUGGUGGCCCUGUUCAUCCCUGAGCACACUGGGCCCGGUUUGAGGCCCAGCGCCUAUAAGAAGCACAGCAACGGGGCGCAGAGUCACUCCCACAGCCCCCAGGGCAGCGGGGCAGAGGGCAAGGAGCCGCUGCUGGAGGACAGCAGCGUAUAACCUCAGCUAAAGGGGGCAGACUCCCUCGCUUUUACCCCGAGUAGACCCUCCAUACAUGGACAGAUGCGCACAUUUUACCACAUGGAUGCACCUCAGGCACACGUUUAACUCCCUGAAGAGGAGUUGAUCGUGGGGUUGUGUCCACAGCACAAACAUGGGUGCUCCAUCCUUUGCAGCUGUUUUCUUUCUAAAAGCAGGGUUUUGUGAGAACUCUCUAAAGAUCCUGUGAGAAAGAAGCUGGAUUUAGGAUUUUGUUUAAUUUUUUAGGCUGCAGUUAAAAAAUUGUGUAAGAGAGACGUGGCACACUUGGACUCCAGUUUUGGUGAGAACGAGUGAAAGGUUUAACAGCUCGCCCCCAACCCACGGGUACAAA